GAUAGAAGACAGCGUGAGGAAUGUGUCGGCAGACACUUAUAAGCUCUCCACCGGUAGACAAAAGCUAUUGACUUCUGACUGAGCACAUGUGCAGGAUCUGUUCCGUCUUUUCUUACAACAGUGACUCAUUCCAACAAAACAUAAACGAGAGACAGGCAAGCGUAUGGGGAUUCUACACAAAAGAAGCACAGAGAUACGGAAAAGGUUUCCACACAAUUCGUCAAACUAUUGGUGAUGUGAAGAAGACGAAGAAAAAAGUUAGUCAAAAGGAAAAGAAUAAUCAUGUCAACCAAACUUUCAAAGAAGCUGAGCAGCAAAAGGAAAAAGCCACCAAAGACCACGUCAAAGUAUGAAGUUCUAAUCCAACUAGGUCUGGAGGCUUUCUAUCCUUCCCAAUUGGAACCAGCUUCAAUACUGGACCUCAGUACCUGGAUCCUGGACAACCUAACUCCCCGAGAACCCAAUGAUCUGCCAAAAUCUUUCCUUCAAAGGUUGUGGCUGCUUCGCCCGGAUGCUCGCAGUACUUGCUGUAAGGCCCUUUCAGAUAUUAUGGAUAGUCCUGAUAAGAAGGUUGAUGAUUUCAGAGGAUUGCGCUCCUGCACCAUCAAUCCUCUUGAUCUAGUGACAGCUGUCUUUAUUUGUGCCAACACUUUCCUUCAGCAGGAGAUCACAGCACAUAUGCUGCAGUGCCAGUUUGCCGUGCCCCUGCUUCUUCCACAUGUAGAUGAUGAAGAACCAAGUUGCUUCCUCCUUUGGCCUUUCAGAGAUGUUGUGAGACAAUGGCAGACCCAAUAUUUAGAUCAUAACCAAAAAGUCCAAGAAGCAGUUUUUACGAGCACGUUCAUGCCAAUGAUCUCGUGUGUGAGGCUUGGUUCCUGCAGUGUCUCCAAGUCUCAGGUGCUCAAUCAUAUCAUCGGCAGUGAUACAUUCAUCCACAAAGGGAUGGAGGGAGGACAACUACCCCGAAGCCUGUCCAAUGGUCUUGUGGAGACUGCGUGGGCUCUUCCUGCAGGAGACCCUAACAAUUUCUCUGUUCCAGUGGUAUUCUCUAACCUUCGGGGGGAUGCAAGCACUCAUGAAAAAUGCCUCUACCUUCUCAGCCAAGCAUCUUCAGCAAUAAUUGUAUUCUGUGAAAAUCCUACAGAAAAAGAGAGGGAACUUCUCGCCACCUGCAAAGAUAUGACGACCAAGCUCAUUGUGAUUGACCUCUCUGAGAUUGAGACCAGGGAGGACAGAGUGGUGAAGUUUGUUGGGAAGACCCUUCAGGAUCAGAUAUGUCUUCCAGAUGGAUCAGUUGUGUCAGGAAGCUGUUUGAAUGCAGAGAAAGUUGCUAAUGUAUUGUGUGAUACCCUCAAACAUUUGCUACCAGACCUGAGACUUGUCACACUUGAAGGAGCAGCAAAGUUAGCAGUGGAGCUGGGAAUUGACUGCGAUGAAGGGACGGUAUGUAAAAAAUUAAUGGGCAUAGCAGAGGAAGUUUUGAAAGGUUUAGAUGAGGGACCUGCUGUGUUUAGGCAGAAACAGCUGCCAUUGCAAGGUGCUUUGUGGAGCAGGUUGGCAGAAAUUGAAAAAGAGGAAAGUAGAAAGAACAAAGAAGGGAAAGAGCUUGAUCCUCGAUUGCAAAAUGAGAAAAAAGAUAUCUUGGGCAAUUUAAGCAGAUACAAAAUGACUCCUUCAAUGAAGAGUUUCACGAAGGCAGUUUCAACCACAGAUAAAGUGGAGCGGAUGUAUUUCCUCAGUUGGAUGAGGGUGAAACUAAGACUGCAGCAAAUGCAUAAACAAAUCGGUCUAAAAGAUCUACUGAUAAAUCAACAGACAAAAGAGAACAAUGGCAUUCCUGAAUGCAUUCAAUCAGAGCUUCAGAAUGGAGUAAAUGAUGCCAGGGAUGCUAGCGAUAGUUUUUGCACAGAUUCAACUUUUGAAGAUGGGGAAAUAGAGCAGCUUACAGCUAAUGAUCAAGAGCUAGCAGAUUCAAGGAUUGAAGUAGUUUUAAAGCCCAUUUUUCAAACCCAAAGCAAUAAAGGAUCAGAGUCCCUGCUAAGUGGACAUUUUCAUUCAAAUGAAAAAGAGAACCGAGGUGAAGAGAUACUCCAAAGUAAUGGUUCUUUAAACCCAGUGUUGAGAGAAAAUGGAACUAUAGAUGUUCAUGGUGAAUCAAGAUCUCACCAUACUUCUGCAGAAGAAGAAACAUGCCAAGAUUCGUUUGUCAAAGGUCAGACAGCAACAUCUGUACAUUCCUGUUUGCUUAGGCUUAAGCAGAGAGACGGUAAUAAUCUGGAGGUUGUUGAUUCAGAGAGUUACUUAAGUUUGAAGCACAGUUUUCAAACCGAAAACGCUGAAGCAAUAGAUGGACAUUUUGUCCCACCAAAUGAACAAGAAAUCCUAGCUGAAGAGAUACGUGAGAAAUAUGUUUCUUUAAACUCAGUGCCGAUAGUAAAUGGAACCUCAGAUGUUCACACAACUGACUAUAGUGAAUCAACAGUUCAGGAGACUUCUACAGAAGAACAAACCUGCCAGGAUGCAUCUGUUGACAGUCAAACAGUUACAUCAACACAGUCAUUUUUGCUGAGACUCAAGCAGUUUGACAAUAAUCUAGAGUUGGCUGAUUCCGAAAGGGAAGAUUUGAAGCAUAGUUUUCAAACCCAAAACCAUAAAGAUUCAGAAGCUUUACAAAAUGGGCAGUUUGACUCAAAUAAAAACAAGUUCCCAGGCGAAGAGAUUCUAAAAAAUGUGUCUUUAGAUGCAGUUUUGAGAGAAAAGGCAGUCUUAAGUGUUCAUGGGAAUGACUGCAGUGAAUCAACGUUUCACGAGAAUAGUACAGAAGAACAAAAAUGCCAAGGUACAUCUGUUGAAAGUCAGACAGUAACAUCUGCACAGUCAUUACUCCUGGAGCUUGAGCGGUUUACAGAUGAUCUCAAGUUUGUUGAUUUAGAGAGUUAUGUUGGUUUGAACCACAACUGUCAAACCACAAGCAAUGAGGAAUCAGAGUCUCUGCAAAAUGGACAUUUUGACUCCUCAAAUGAAAAAGAGGUCCCGGGUGAAGAAAUACUUGAAAAAGUUUCUUUGAACCCAGUUUUCAGAGACAAUGGAAUCUUAGAUGUUCACGGGACUGACUUCUUUGAAUCAAACUUUCAGGAGACUUAUGCAGAAGAACAGAUGGGCCAAGCUGUAUCUAUCAAAGAUAGGGCAGCAACUUCUGCACAAUCAUUUUUGCUGGGACUUGAGCACUUUUUACGUGAGAUGGGCCUUAUUUUUGAACUCACUCACAUCAGACCUGGAAAUGAGAGCCAUAAUGUGCUGCGGCUCCCAACUGUUGCUGCUGACUUGAUUCUCAGUGGGAUUCCACUUGAAUUAAUGGAUGGAGACUCCACUAGCAUUCCCAUACGUUGGCUUGGUAGUGUUCUUGCAGAGAUCAACCAUCGCUUUCCUCAAAACCGCUUCAGGACACUGACAAGCCUUGGAGUGCAUCAAGCAAGGAAUGGUGAGAUCCUUUCGGCAUUAUUUGGGGUGAAAUUUCCAGAUGAACGUAACAGAUCAACGAGAGGGCUAUACGUAGAUGCUCUACAACUACCGUCGAAGUUAAAAACGAAGCUAAACUGCGAUUUUCUCUUGCUGAUUGAUGUUGAUGGUCUCUGUUCUACUCCUUCAGAUAGCCAAAUAAGCACUCAGAUCAGUGAUAAUGAGAUGGCAACUGUUGCAACUGGAAUGAGUGAUGUCUUAUUGCAAAACCUCUACUCACGUGCAGCAUCUGAGUUUGAGACAAGCCUCACGGUUGCAGUCAAUGCUCUACUGCGCAUCAGAGAAUAUGGAUCCAUACCCAUCUGCAAAGUUUUAGUCCAGGAUGAAGGAAUAAAUACCAUAUUAGAAGCCACACAGUUAAAACGUGUAUCUAACAUGCUGCAGACUAAGACUGGAGAGAGAACCCUAAGGGAUGCUGAUACAAUGACUCCUAAUUCAAAGAAGAAAAGCUCAAUUAUGUAUGUUAGACCAUGGUACAGGGAACCACUGUCAAAAUCAGUUGACACCCAGCAUAGUGAGGCUAUGUUGAAGUUAAAGCGUACCCUGUUUGGGGCACUGAAGGAGGCAGCUGCCCAGUCAGAAACAUCUGGUUUGCCUGAUUUUAUGGGCCGUUUGUGUUCUGUUUGGGAGGCAGUAAAAGCAGAAUCCUUCUCUAUUAGUCUGCAAAAUAAAGACAUCGCUUUGGCCCUCUCUAUAUUUUGCACUGAGCUUUCUCAGCAGGAGGACAGCUUGCGGGAACACAUGGAAUGCUGGCUUAUGCAAGCGACCAAGACAAUUUAUUUGACCAAGCCAGAAUCCUUGGACCCUUCCAGCCAAAAUGACUUUCUGUGUGAGCUAAAGUUUGAAGCUAGAAGAGAGGUCAAAAGGGAAGUAAACAAACAAAGGUCAAAUGUAAAGGCUUGUUUGAAGGAAAAUAAGCUUGAUGUCUACAUUAAAAUACUCAAAACUAUCAUUUUGAGCAACAUGACUGAGCUUGAAGAACGUGUAACAGAAACGGUAAUAGAAAGGCUGGAAACGAUCAAUGAGAACCAUUGUUCAUCCAUGCAGCUCAACAGAAUUGAAACCAUACUGCAAAUUAAACAAGAUACCAGACUCGGGGCACUUCUAGGCAAUAGUGAAUCAAACAAACAGCUCUUUAAAGAUAAAGAGCUGGAAGAGGAAUUUGAGGGUAUUUGGAAGGAGGCAUUGUCCAAUUUUGACUUCAGGCCUUCAGAUACAGAAGAUAUCACCACAAGAGUGACAAAUAUUCUCUCAGCAAACCUCAUCAACCAUGGUCUUCAAAAACACUUAAAUAAGCUUUUGAAUUUGGGCCAAAAUCAGACUACUUGCUUCAGAGUGGAUGAUCGGUACUUUGGAUACAGCAGCAGAAUGAAAAACCUGUUUGAAAACAACAACAAGUCACCAAAAGCUAAAGCUCAACAACUUGCAAGUAACAUCAUGGAGCGUUACCAGCAAUUUGUAGAAGACAAAGUCAGUUUACCGCAAGACUUCUCUGACAGUUACAUCACAGAACUGUUAGAGAUGAUUGAUACAUCCUUGAAGGAAACACAAUUGGACACUACAAGGGCCUUUGAGAUGGAUCUGAAGGUCUUCGUAUGUAAUGCUGCAUGCAGAGACUUCCAAAGAGUCCACAAUCGUUUUGCCAAGGACGGAGAGCUUCUGAAGUCCAUUAAAGCAAAAAAGAGAACACUCAUGACGGAAUUCAUUUAUCAGUUCAGGAAGACAGACCAGCGUCAGAGGUUGGCUCAUAGGUUCAUUUCUGACAUCAUCCAACCUGCAGUAAUGGACUAUGUCUAUAAACCUCUAGGGAUGCAAAUUGCAGAUGAUAUAAAAAGUAAAGCCCCGCAAUAUCUCUCUCCACAGGCCUUCCACAAGAGUUUGCUAGAGGAGCUUAUCAAGGAAGACACAUUUGAAGGCUUCACAGAGUAUUUGCUUUCUUAUGACAGCUUCAGGCUGAGGAAGAUCCAGGAGACAGUAGUCGCUCACCUGUCAGAUUGGAAUGUGAAUGCGUGGAGGCACGAGCGCCUCGGAUAUAUCAUCGGAAAAGUAGCAGCAGCUGCAAGCCAAGUAACUGAAGGCACCAGCGUGGCACUCAGUGACACCAAGCCAAUGCUGGAGCAAGUGUGCCUCAUUCUGGAAGACGGAGAUGUAUGUAUCCCCUGGGAGUCUCUGCAGGGACCACUCUACAGUAUCACCACAGAAUGGGAUCGUUUUAUAACAUGUUUCAUGGAGUUACUGGCAGCGUUGCGCUUGGACCUCGCCCAGGCUUUCUCCCAACACAUAGGUAGUGACCAACUACUUGAGUGCCUUCCCACUCAACCAAGUGACUGCCUUUUCAACAAAGUAAAAGGCUGUGACGCACUAUGUCCUGUGUGCAGCGCGCCUUGUGAAGUGGAGCAAACUUGGCAUCGGGUUCACGAGGCCUCGCUCCACAGGCCCAAAUGCCUGUUGGAGCCCACUUCUCUGAUCAGCCAUGAAUGUGCAAACCCCGAUGAUCUGGACGCACAAGAUGUUGCUGUGGCUUGCUGGGAAUUCCAGCCGCUCCACCUAGACUGGAAUCUUUCACACGAGGAGACAAGCAGCCAGACACCCAGUCCUUACUGGAGGUAUGUGUUAGCGAGAUUUAAUGAGAGAUUUGCAAAUAAAUACAAUCAGAAGCCACCAGUAAUCCCAGAAGAGUGGAAGGCGAUGACACAACAGGAGGCCUUGGACAGUCUGAGGGAAACCUUCGUUCACUGUGGGGAGUUGUGAAAGCUAUCUUAAUGUAUUAAAUUCAAUGCAUUGUGUAUUGCUAUUGACACCGCUAUCAGUUUUGGUAUUUUGUUCUACUUUCGUAGAUUAUUUUACACUUGUGACUAUGUGAGUCCCUGGAUGCACAUGUCAUAGAAACAAUGGGUCCCAGCCCUGGAACAAUGAGUCACUGCAAUUUAUCAUCACGGAAUACCGAUACAGUAAUCCUCUGCUAUAUCACGGUUCUUGCUUCGCAAUCCCGUUAUAUUGCAGAUUUUUAUUGCAUUUGUUACUCUGUUUUAUACUGUUUGUACAAUACCUUUGUUUUCCAUUACGCUUGCUUUCUCUCAAUAUAUUGUGUUUAGGCCUGCCACAAUAGCAAAUUUUUUAGAACAAUAAUUUUCCCCAAAACUUUCAUGAUAAACGAUAGUAUUGUUGAUGUUUUUUUUUUAAUGCCACUUAUAUAAUGAUAUUAGAACAUAAUAAAGAAUUGUACACAUCUUACAAAUUCUGCCCCGGUAAUCAAACAAAUGAGCAUAACUGUCUAAUGUUCUCUCAUUUACUAAAUAAGAGUAGGGCUGCAUUUCAUAAUAAGAGCAAGUGAAUAAAAAGAGAAAGUUAUGUGUUCAAAUAAAGUGCUUAACUAAAAAAAAAAAAAAAAAAAGUAACAAUUUCCCCUUUUCUGUUUGGCAUCUUGACAGAAGUCUCAAACAAUUUUACAUAUUUUAAUUGAACAAAUCUUAACAACUGAACUUUUUUAAAGGUUAUGUUUGUUUAAAAUAGUUAGGUUUUGCUUUAUAAUGGCAUAUUUAAUAAGUGCUCCGAGUGGGAACUUCCCAAUGAGAAGUACAUAACAAAAAUGACACUGAUUGUUCCAUUCUUAGCGCUGUUUCUUCCAAAUGUUCUCGUUUUAUUGGGCAUUUCCUGAUCUUUCUCGGUCUUUUACUCAACUUCUUUUUUGGCUAUGGUGUGGGUUUGUAUGGAACUGUUUCUGGGACGCGGACUGUGGUCUGCCAGUAAUAACCUCUGUUUUAAACGAUGUCACCACAAUCGAGUGAGCCAGAACGAGUUGUUUAGCUCCUUAGCGAGCAUAAUAAAUAGGUAACUUUCCAUAAAGUCCCAGUUGUGUGCAUCUACUGAUCCAAAGCCAUUCCGCCAGCGGCUCGCUGCAUCGAGAGCGACGCGCCGGAUGUUACCACAACAAUGAACAUUUAUCAAGUCCGGAAAAAAGGUCUCGCAUCGUUGUUGUAUUUUUGGAACGAUAACCCUUCCCCCUCUGCCUCUGAUUGGCUAGCACCAAGACAAGACUCAUUUAUCUAUUAUCCACUACUUUGGAUGGAUAAUGAUUUGCUGAAGGACUUCAGCAAUGCACGCACGCACGCGCCACACACACACACACACACACACACACUUGAUUUAAAUAAACUGAUUAAAAUGUUUCUAUUGGGCAAAGUAUAGCCUGAUAGUAAAUGUAUUUCAAGUAUAAAAGCACUCACAUUUGUCUAAGGAGCAUGAAAGUAAUUAUGUCAAAAUGAUAGUUUGAAAAAGUGGAUGUGCUUUGUUUGGUCAGGAAGCACUGAAGGCGGACUCUUGCCAAAAGCCUAAAAUUGCCCAUAAUGUCGCUGUGGGGGAGGGGGGAUACACGUACCACUACUGCUCUGAAGUGUGAACAGAGAAAAUUAUGAAUCUCCGUGAAAAACAAAAUUGUGUACUGCAGGCACGCAUAAGGGACUGGAGGUGGCCCACCAGCGCCUCUGCUUAAUUUAACUGCAAUGGAGGAUGAAGUGGCUUCUACGGUCUCCACAGUGGACAUGCUCAAAGUGGAACGUGGAGUAGAUACAGAUGAAGUUAGGUAACUAAGGUGACGCCUGAGUUUCAAGUUAGGUUAUAACAACCUCAAUAAAAACCUUAAUACAAUUAUUUUUCCAUUAUUGCACAUUUUCCAUUUCAAACUAUGGCAUUUGAUAGCUUUCUGGAUGACUCCUUUACAAUAGUAUUUACGGGUGUGGCAUAAUUUGUAACUGCAGCCAAACUUCAAGUGCAAUAUUAUGUUUUACCUUUCCAGGGCGCUUGACCUAAUACAGAAUUAAAGGCGCAUAAGAGGAAAAGUGAUUUUAACCGAUGGGAGAAUGCACGACACGGAAGGCCAGAUUUGACAGAGAAGGCCCACAUUUAAGGAUUGCUCACAACCCAGAGCAAAUACCUGAAAUGAAGCAAAGCAAAGCAGAUUUAUUUAUAUAGCGCAUUUCAUACACAAGGUACCGUA